AUCUUGAGAAAAACACGUUAAGGGAGAGAAAAACUGCGGCUCUAAAGCUGUUGGCGACUCAAAAACCCGAGCCCCUAUAAAAAACCUAUACAAACAACGAGCGUAGAACAGAACCAAAAUCGACUUAACGGAAUCCCUUGACACGCAAAAGUGGUUGCGCGUGUCAUUCAGAGCGUCGAGAAUUUUGGCAGUAUUUUGACAUCGAAGUCAAAAGGUGUACCUGAAAAAACUCGACUUCCAUUUUCCACAAAAAAAAAAGCUAUUUUUUUCUUUCAGAAAACCAAUAGACACGUGGCAGAAACGUGUCAAAAGCUAUUCCACAGAGUGGGGACCACACCCGCACCCCUAUUUGCAUUGUUUUUUAAGCUUGGCCAUGGCAGUUACACUUCACUGCUUCAUCUUCAUCAUCAUCUUCUUCUUCAAAUUCAAUGCCAACUAAACAAUCCUUUCUUUAUAUAUAUACAUAUAGUCGAAAUUACUCAUCAAAGUGAAUAAAAUGAAGUGAAAUUUACUUCUUCUCGCCUCUCAUCGCAUUUUUUUUAAGGUAUUGUAAUAAUCUCGUAGCGUAUAAUGGCGCUUUCCGAAUCGGAAAGUGUUGCCUAUGGGGGAAUCAAGAAAACAGGAUCACUGACGCAAGCACCGGAAUCGCCACAUGAAGAAUCAACGCCGGAUCGGUCGAAUUCUUCCCCGAACAAACAGAAUUCCAUCUUCUCACUUACCCUCGACGAAAUUCAACUCAAGAGUGGGAAGACUUUUGGGUCCAUGAACAUGGAUGAAUUCCUUGCGAAUUUGUGGAACGUCGAGGAAAACCAGCAAGUUCUGUCGCAACCCGAACCUAUUGAUGGUGACAAAGGGAUGGGAUGCCAACCGAGUUUAGCAAGACAAGGCUCGUUCUCCGUUCCUACCCCACUUUGCAAGAAAACGGUUGAUGAGGUGUGGUUCGAGAUACAAAAAGAGUUACCGCAACCACGAGAAGCUAACGAUGUGGCGGAUCAUGAACCUCCUCAACGUCAACAAACACUAGGCGAGAUUACUUUGGAGGAUUUUCUCAUCAAAGCGGGAGUCGUUCAAGAACCAUCGGGAUCUUCGCAACAAAACAAGGCAUCCCCUAUUAGGAUCAACGGCGCGAGCUUGGAUGCAAACUAUAUAAUGGAUGCACCUAUUCGAAAUAACAAUGCAAGCAUGGAUGCAAACUUCGGAAUGGGACAUAUGAUAGGUCUUGGAUUCCCCGGACAUCAAAUUGUUAGCAACGGCUAUGCCGCAGGGUACUCGAUUUUUGCACAAACUGUUAUGGGGGAAUCUUCUAAUGGUACCGAAAAUGGAAACCGGACUAACAGUUUGUUACAGCCAGCUGUGGCUCCUCAGAACAAGAAGAGGAUCGUAGACGGUCCACCGGAGGUGGUGGUGGAAAGGAGGCAGCGCCGCAUGAUUAAGAACCGAGAGUCUGCCGCAAGAUCUCGAGCAAGGAGACAGGCAUACACAGUGGAGCUUGAAUUAGAGUUGAAUCAGCUCAAACAGGAGAAUGCAAAGCUGAAGCAACUUGUGGAGGAAAACGAUAAAAGGCGAAAGGAAGAGGUUUUGAAGAGGAAGAAGGAAUUGACAUGUGCAAAAAAGAAGGUUGAUAAGAUGAUGACAUUAAGGAGGACAGUGAGCUUGGGAUGGUGAACUAAGAAUAUUAAUAGAAAAUCAUAAAUUAAUGUUAUAUACAUAUGCAUAUGUAUAUGUAUACAUCUAAAUAAUAAUAUGUCCAAAUCAAUUAUAAUUUUAGUAUGCUGAAGGGUGUAUGUGAGCAAGUUAUAGAGUGUGUAAUAAUCACUUAUAAUAAUGUUAAACUUCUCCAAUAAUAAAAAUAAUUUUUAAUUCUUGUAUUUUACCAAA